AUGGCUGCUGUCAAUCAAUCCUCCGAGGCCGACGACUCUCGGAUGAGUAGAGAGGUCGAAGAAGGCUCGACUGCAGUCAGAUUCACGACAGUCAACGGCAACAAGGGUUCCGCGAGCCCUCCACAAAACACCUCCUUUCGACCCGAUCCAUCGGCCCUUUCCCAUCCCUAUCGACAACAACAACACGGUCUGCCUCGACAGCCACCUCUACCAGAAGGGAGACCAAAACUACUGUUUGUGGACUCGGACGAGAGCAGAGGCAUUUAUCACGAUGACCUCUCUUUCCGCUCCCCUGAGCAUCAUUCCAACCGCAUGGGCAAGCGCAAAAGGUCUACUGAAGCCUUCAAAGCCCUAUCCGAGUUUAAUUCUCCACCUACACGAGGCGACGAAGCCUUCAAGCCGCCGACUGAACCAAGGUCGCCCUCACGAAGUCUACCACCGCUUUUGCAGUUCAGAGACAGCGAACAACAGCAUGGANCCGUAAGGCUUUUGAUGCGACCGUCCGAGUUUCUGCUAACAGGAUUGAACAGAGACCAACCGUCAGGCUGGCGCCAACCACGACCCAGUCCAGGCCAGACGGAAAUGAAUCUAGAGGAUGCUUUGCGACGAGACUCACACAUGAUUCAAACCCGCAACGACCGCAAUGAUGGUAGUGGCAGUCCUCAAGUGGAGACUGACAUGCAAAGCGACCAAGAAUCAGAAAUGCAGCCCGAUUCCAUGAGUGGCAGGAAGGGACCUGCAGCGCGACGACGCUUCUCGCAGAGGACAAAGACAGGUUGCCAUNNACCUGUCGACGGCGCAAGAAGAAGUGCGACGAAGCCAAACCACAGUGUCAAAAUUGUACACGUGGAGGCUUCACCUGUGAAGGUUAUGGUCCUAAACAUGAACUCAACGUCAAGCUUCCGUGCAAAGCAGUCCCGUUGCAAGCGAAGACCGUUGAGACGCAUGCGUUCCCUAGUCAUCGACAAUCGGNCGCCUGGUGCCGCCGAGAACUGGCUCGAAUCACAGAGGCGCUUGUCAUACGAUAGCCGCGCACACUCCUUCGGGGAUAAUCUGCGUUACGCACCAAGACCUAUCGCUCCACCAGAACAUGAAUCGCCCUUUUCGUCUGAUCGAUACGCCCAACCCUCGCACAUAGAGAAAACUCGCCCAAUACCUUCAUCCUCCCGAUUCGCCAUAUCAGCACCCAGCAUCAUGAGUGAUACCAACGGCGGCAGUCUCAGUCAUAGCAGUGGCGGCGCAAGUACCAGCCUGGGCAGUGCCUUCGACACGCCCAGAGCAAUGAUAUCAAGCCGCAUUGCCAUGAAGCCACCUCUGGGCCCUUACCAUGCUGCCGGCCCUAGUGAGAAAGAGAACAUGCUCAACGGCAGAGAUUAUCGUCAUUUCACAGAUCCAGAGCUCCUGAACGACAGAGCAUGGUGCAAACAAGCAAUCGAACGCUACAACAAAGCAUCGGAGGCCUCGUUUGAUAUUGACAUGGAUGGGCGCAUGAAGCUGUUUCGCCAGAUACUCCAGCCAGAUCGUCUAUUGCAACUAGCGGACACGCGCAAUCAUCCCAUCGGCACCAUUGGCUCCAAGAUCCUGAUUGAAGCACCAUUCAAAUGCGAGUAUGGCUACAAUGUUCAUAUCGCAGACAACGUGGUAAUCCAGGCUGGCUGUGUCAUGUAUGAUCCAUGUCCCAUCACCAUCGGAAGAGGAACGAUUGUUGGCCCAAAUGUAAAAUUCUACGGACUCGGACCCGAUAUGAGGCUUGAUGCUAGAGUGCGCAAUGGUGGUGAGGGCAAGUUAAGAGGAGGCAAGAUCAUGGUGGAAGAAGACUGUUUCAUCGGCGGCGACGUCGUAAUAUUGCCCAACGUGAUCAUCGGGCGAGAAUGUGUGAUUGAGCCCGGAACCGUGGUCAGCAGUGUGAGUCUCCCAGAACGUUCUUGCAAGCUCUGCGGAUCUGUAUUGACACUUUCAGNNAACAUCCAACCUGGCAAAGUUGUCGCCGGCAAUCCGAUGAGGAUCAUACGCGACAUUGUUCCGAUACCAAAUCAAGACGACGAGUACGGCCGCGUGGAGCCAGCGAUGUUAGGAAAUAUGUGGCCAGGAGAGCGAUCUUACAGCCGCGACGUGCGCAUGGGCAUGUGA